AUGCGUCCAUCUUUGAAGAAGCCGAAUCCUGAAGCUGAUUUCAAGGAGACUUCGAAUAUUUUUGGUGCUAAGUGGAAAGGGAUUAGUGUAGAAGAGAAUAAGCCUUAUGAGGAGAAGUAUCAGGCGGAUAAGGAAGCUUAUCUUCAGGUUAUUACAAAGGAGAAGCGAGAGAGGGAAGCCAUGAAGCUUCUUGAUGAUCAGCAGAAGCAGAAAACUGCUAUGGAAUUGCUUGAUCAGUAUCUUCAGUUUGUUCAAGAAGCUGAACAAGACAACAAGAAAAAGGCCAAGAAGAUAAAGGAUCCGUUGAAGCCUAAACAUCCAAUAUUUGCUUACCUGAUCUAUGCUAACGAGGGGAGAGCUGCUUUAAAAGGAGAAAACAAAAGCGUUAUUGAGGUCGCUAAGAUAACCGGAGAAGAGUGGAAGAGUUUAUCGGAAGAACAAAAGGCUCCUUAUGAUCAGGUCUAGUUCAUCCCAGAAAUAGCGAAAACAACUUUCCAUUUUUCUCCAUUAACGAUCCGCUUCUCUCUCCCUCGCUGAGCAACAAAAGAAACAACUAACCAAAAAUUUCAAUCAGGUCCCCCCGAACUGAACUGAACCGAACCGGAAUUAAAACCAAUUUAUCAAAUUUCCUUUAUAUCGCAGGCCUUUUGGCCUAACAUAGCUAACAACGUCGUCUUCUCUCCUUCUCUCAACAAAACUCGUCAAUGGGCUCCUCGGUUACAUUGAACCAUUUAUAAUCUAAUUUGUAGAAUGGUUGAUAAAACCAAGACCAUAAUAAAAAAUCGGUUUUGUGCAAAAAAAUAUUCAAAAAUCACAUAU